UUCAACUUGCUGCUGAACCGGAAUAAUAGAAUGUUGUAAAUUGUACUGUGCCCAUCACAACAAAUCUGAGAGGACCCAAUGAAAUAACGUUAGCAGCCUUCUGUUAGACGGGGAAAAUUGUCAUGUUUAGAUUAAUCUAGAGUGGAUUCAAGCAGGGAAAAAAUGACUUCUUCACAAGAUCGACAAGGGACAAAGAGACCUGCAUCCUCUGAUGAUGAUGCAGGGGGAACUUGGGCAGCUGCAGACCUAGGCACCAAUGAGAGAAAACAGAAGUUUCUGCGACUGAUGGGUGCUGGGAAGAAAGAACACACUGGACGGCUUGUCAUUGGAGAUCACAGGUCUACGUCUCACAUCCGUUCUGGGAACGAAGAUCAGAAGAUGAACUCGGAGCUAGAACAACAGUACCAGCAGGGCCUGGACGGGGUGCUGUCAGGACGUAAUCGCAGGCACUGCGGCUUAGGAUUCAGUGAGCCUGACCCUCCUCCAGUGGACCCGAGUCCUGCUGAGACAGAGAAGCCCAGUAGCCCCACGCCCUCCACAGACCCCUCGGAGCCGCCUGAGCCCAGAGAUGAGAGUCCCCCUCCCACCUCAGAGAGCAGCCAGGAGGAGUCUGAGGAAGACGGAGACACCAAGAAAAACGACGACAAGAAAAACAGCUUCAAAAUGACAUUUGUCAAGUCGUCUUAAAGCAGAGUGAGAGUGAGUUUUUCAUGUGAAAUAACUGACUUUCAAUUGUGUUUAAUGUUUCCUUAGAUGUCCAUUAUGAUUUGUUUGUAAAAAUUAUUUUGUUUUGUUUGACUUUUUUAAAACGACAUUCAUAAAGUUGAAGGGUACGGAAA